CAACGUUUAAAGUCUAGAGGAACUUCAUUCCUUAGACAAAUGAAGGAUAUUGGAACGCUAGCCGUUUCAUCAUUUGAUGAUGUAAAGAAGAGUUUAGCAAAAGCAACAAAUCAAGACCCUGUACCACCAAAGGAAAAACACGUAAAGAAAUUGAUUAUUGCUACGGAAACAAAUCGUGAACUUAAUAUGGCGGAAUUUGCAAAGGCAGUUUGUAGAGUUUAUAGAAAGAGUAGUGAUUGGCUUACUGCAUCAAAAGGAUUGCAAUUACUUCAUAGAAUUAUUCAAGAUGGUUCUGCAGAAUUCUGUGAUGCAAUUGUUCAAAACGAUCCUGAAAAACGUUUCAACAUGAGUAAAUUCAAGGACAGAAACACUAGUGAAGCAAUGGACCAAACUCCAUUGGUUAAACAAUAUUGUAGAUACUUAGAAGAAAGACUUAUCAUAUAUCGUAUUUAUCAACUCAAGUCACUCCUCCCAGAUAUGACAUUGGAUGCCUAUGUUACUACGGGUGACAUUACUGGAUGGUUGGAUUUGACAGAAAGUUUACUGAGAGCAAGCAAUGAACUUGUGGAGUGUUUCGAAAUUGUUAGAGCUAAAAAGUCUGUGCUCGGCAAUGGAGCUGCCAUUGGAUGUUUUACUUUGUGUUUGGAUGACAGUUUCGUUUUAUACAAAUUGUUGGGUGUUUGUGCUACUAAAAUUUUGGAUGAAUUUUACAAGGUCUCCAUAGUUGAUGCUAAGAGAGCUCUCAAAGUUUAUGAAAAGUAUUGUGAAAGUGCCAAGCGUCUCGAAAGUAUGUUUGAAUUCAGUAAGAGUGUACCACAAAUCUUCCUCAAGGCUAAACCACCAUCCCUCAAAUUCAAACCAGAGAGUGUUAUUGAACCAAUGAGAGAAUAUCUUCAAUCUAAUGGAGGAUCUAAAAAGAAACUUGCAAUGGAGGAUGUUCCAGUAACAGAAUUAUCAUCAAUUCUUUCAAAGAAUGAAAUUGAUCUCAUCAAGGUUUCUUCAGAUUUUGACGAAGCACCAAACGGGGGAAGAACAAGUCGUUCAUCUAGCAUUAAACAAAGAAAGUCUUCAAUUCUCAGCUCUGAAGAAAAGCCAAAGCCUUCACCAUCUAAACCUGCCGUUGAUUUGGAUGAUUUACUUUCAUUUGAUGCUCCCCCUGCCACCAAUAUUCCUCAUUCUAACAAUGGAUUCAAUCAACCUACAAUCAAUCAACCUUCCCGUCAAGAUGCUGCCCUUAACAUUUUGAGUCAAUUCGAUCAACCAACCAACAACAAUUAUGGAUAUGGAAAUAAUAAUCAAAUGUGGAACAAUAAUCAAUAUGGUGCUAACAACAAUCAAUAUGGAAACCAACCACAAUACGGAAAUAAUCAAUGGAACAAUGGAAACCAACAACAAUACGGUAACAAUCAAUAUGGAAAUCAACCAUAUGGUAACAAUAAUGGCUACCAAAAUAAUAAUCCAUACUCAAAUCCAUACGGAAACAAUCCUUAUGGAAAUAGUAAUCCUUAUUCUCAACAGCAACAACCUAACAAUAAUAACAGCAAUAAUCCAUACUUCUAAGAAACCAACAAAAUAAAAUAAUUUUUUGAUUAGAUAAUGAUUCC